GAAAAGACAACAAACAAUUUUGAAUAAUAUAUUUUUUUAAUUUCUUGGAAUCGCAACUACAAUACGUUAUUCGCAAUUAAAGAAAUCUUAAUUUUUUCGUAGGUGUCCGCAAGAGUGAUUCAUAUUACAGAGACACAUGCACACGCACAUGUACACACAUACAUAAACAGAGGAAAGAGUAAUUUCAAAUAAUAAAAGUCCUCAUCUAAAAUACAGCAAAAAAUAUUCGUUCUCUGCAAAAGUUUGUGACGUUGUUCGUCGUUGUUGUUUUACAUUCCCGUUUAGGGUUACGUCGCAUCGUGCCAAGUACUUAUCCUCAGUGGAACUUGUUCGGCUACCGACCAGCCAAGUUAUUCAUGUUGUUCGGGAUAAUAGACCGUGAAGUUCGUUUGCUGGUGUUAUGCACCUGUGUUGUGUGUGAGCUAUGCCAUUGUUGUUGUUAUUUUGUUUUCGGAAACGGAUAUCAUAGAGCAUGAACUAUACUGCCUCUCACUUGUCGGUGUGUGUCGCCUAACAAAUUCCUUAACCACAUCAUUGUAUUGGUGAUGGUGUUUGGCAUUGUGGUCACCAACGCAACUUGUUGCUGUUGCCUAUAAAAGCCCUUUGACUAUGGCCGAGGAUAUCAUUCGUCUAUUCGAAAUACUGUCAAUUGUAACUGUCAUUUGGAAACGUUAUUGUUAACGGAUUAAACGGCUAAAUUGUGAAGACGGAAGCAGAAAAGUGUUAUUAAUUGAAGUGAAAUUAAAUAAAAACAGAAAUUUGAAAUAUUAACAAAAUAUAUGAAUUAAAAAAGACUUUAUAAAGCUAAUUAAAAUUGUUAAAAAAUAAAAUAAUAAUAAUAAAAUUAAAAAAAAAAAUAAUUAGUGUCGCACAAAAAAGGAGGACAUUUCUUUAUACCGCCGACGUCAUUGUCAACUACAACACAACAACAAUGCUCAGUCGAAAAUGUCAAUUUGUCAUGACGAUCGGAUUAUUAUCUGUCAUCUGGACAAUGUUGUUUACCGGUGCAAUGGCACGUCCAAAUCUGGAUGCAUUGUUGGCUAAACAAAAUGAAGUCUCACAAUUACUAUUGGACGACUUCUUGAUGGGGAAUUCAAAUGGUGGCGAUAAAAUGUUUCACGGCUUGAAAAAAUAUCAUCCGAAACAACCCAAUUAUUUGGCCAAAUGGCCAGGACUACGUGAUCUCGUUUUUACCAUCGACUAUGAUGAUGAUAUUACAACAACAUUGGAAAAUAGUGAAUUUUUGGAAAGGCUACGCCAGUUAGGCGAUACUCAGUCCAAUGAAUAUUACGAUGAAAUACGUCAGUACAACGAUGAUGUGGCAACCAUAAAUGGCAGUGGUAGCAGUGGCAGUGGUAACAAGGCAAAGGCUGCCAAGUCCCCAGCCAAUCAAAUCAUCUUCAAAGAGCACAACACCAAAAAGAAUGUACAAUAUAUGUCACCGUGCCAUUUCAAAAUCUGCAAUAUGGGUCGCAAGAGGAAUGCCCGUUUUCUUGGCUAUUGAAGGACAACAUGUAAUGGAAAUUAUUUUGCAAAGAAAUCAAAAAAUGGCCAAAUACAAAUAUCAACUAAUCUCAAUAUCAAAAAAAUAAUUGACAAAAAAGUAUUCAACAGUUUCUUUUGUUCACAAACUGUAUUGGAAAUGAAAUUUCACGACAACAAGAAACUGUACCCCCUGAAACUCCAAAAGUAUUUAUUAUUAUUUACAUAUGUAUAGUUGUAAUGCAUACAAUAUAUAAAAUGACGGAAUAGUCAUGCAUUUUGUUAUAUGUUUCCCCAAAUGGCAGAUCAUUAUGAUGAUAAUUAAAUAUGAACAUAAUGAUCUUUGUCAAUUGUUUUGUUUUAAUGUCUUAAAUUAUAAUAAAUAUUUUUAUAUGUAUGUAUGUAGGUUUAUUUCAUGUAGUUUUUAGUUUAAGUAUUUAGAAGCAAAUGGAAACGGAAAAUGUAUUUCAUUGUAUAAGAAAAAUUAUCUCAACAAAAUAUUUGACCUAAUAUUUUACAAUAACAAUAUUUACUGGCAAUACUUAAUAAA